GUCCAUAUAGCCAUAAUGGACAGGAACACGAAUACAAACACAAACGACAAAAGGAGCAAUGCAGCCUGCUCACCGGGUCGCUGCACCAGACCGGAUAAGUGCAUUCAUUUGCGGAGCCUGCGGCAGCAGAGGAUUAAUCAGGCAUCAUGCAAUCGAGAUGCGGAGACGCUCUAUCGCAUGCCGAACUUCAAGGCGAAUGGCAGCGAUGAGGACGUGUUCCACGACUGUCUCAGCAUCAGCGAUUCGGACCGUCCCAGGGAGGGGCAGAGUUUCAAGGACUUCGCCAGCUGUCAGUCGAAUCUGAGCCACAAACGCAAGUUGCCUAGCCACCAACACAGCAGCAACGAUUACUCCGCCCGCUGCAAGGCAUCGAUGAGUGGCAAUUUCGAUGAUCCGGAGGCGGUGCGUGCCGCACUCAAGCGUGCCGAGAAUGUCACCCAAAUGCUGCUCCAGAGCUUUGAGAAGUCGCACAAGGCGGGCGAUGAUAAGCAUCCGUGCACUGCGACACUGGAGAUAACCGCACGGCUAAUACCCGACCCAAAGUCCGCUAGAUCGAAAUGUCAUUCACAGGGCAGGCCGGUAACGGUGCAAAUGCCACUCCAGUUUGAUCCGAAUACUUGCCAAAUGAUCACGUGUCAGCCGAUUGAUGAGCCAAAGGCCACAGAUUACCCAGCUCUAAUGCAUAUGCAGGACGAGCGACAACCUAGAGAAGAGAACGGCCCAUCAUCCGUCUCCAAAAAGAUGCAAACCGACAAAUCCUAUUUGAAUGAAACGUAUAAGAGCGAAAACAUGAACGGCUCCGAUCACAUAUCGCAAACGGACCAACCGUAUCCGGAGAGGAGAGAAGCAGACAGCAGCGGGGAUAGGGAUACCAUCGAUCCGACUCAAUUCUCGCAGACAAACACAUCCUAUUUAUACGAUAUUCGCUCGCGUCCUUCUAACUUUGUGGCGGACCAAACAUCGCAGACAAACCUCAAAGUGGAUAUCUAUAAACUGGGGAAAUUUCGUUAUCCCACACAAUAUAUGCGACAGCUGGUGGACAAAAAUGAAGAUGAGUCGCUAAACAAUAAUGCGGACUAUUUUUGUUCAGACCACUGCGGCACCUUAUCUCAAUCCAAAUCUCAGCCAAGUCUUCCAUCAAAAACACUCAUCCAGCACUCGGUCAGCAUGAAUACGGCUCCAGAUUGCAAAACAUCGGUGCCAAUCAUUCCGAUGCUCUCCGAGGCUCAGCGUAAUCCCAUAUGUAAUGUGGACAAUGCCACCGCCUUCUACAGCAUUAAAUCCGAAAUAGAUCCCAAUGCAACAAGUGACAAGUUCUGCUCAAUGCCCAGUAACUAUACCGCAGACACAUCCUCUGUCCGUCCAGUUGUGGAGCAGUCUUCCAGGGAUAACGCCACAAAUUUGUACAGUUUGGAAUCUGACAUCAUUCCCUCUGUACAGGCUUUCAGGGAUGCUGACGACGCCACGAAUGUUUACAGCAUUGAAUCUGACAACGCACCUAUGGCCAAGGCCUCUGCCUCCACUGCACAACAAAUCAGGGAUGCAGAUGACGCCACAAAUGUUUACAGUUCGGAAUCUCACAAGGCUCCAUUUGGUGGCUGUCCAGAUAAUAUGACUAGGGAUGCUACUGCACAACCUUCCAGCGUUCCCAAUGCAGCGAGUGAUGCCGAAGCGAAACAGACAUAUCAGAAUCCUUGCGGUCUGCCGAGUGGCACUCGCUAUUUUCCCUUUGGCACGGAUGAAAACUCCACACCUUAUUUCAGCUGGAAAUCUGCCAAAUGCGUCAAAUGCCAAUCGGUUGGUCCUUGCCCAUUCUCGGCUCAAAGUGCCUAUGAUUGUGAAAGAGGCAAUGAUAAUGUCACAACCUAUGACAGCAUAAGAUCUGGCACAAGUCGUCCCAAUUUACAAUGCCAUUCGGCUCAUCCGCCGGCUGUGAUUCGAAGCGAGGGAACAGGCUCUAAGUGCACCAGUUGCGGUGCAGAGAACAGCUUUUAUCAAGACCCAGCUCGAAGUGAGGGAACACGCUCCAAGUGCACCAGUUGCGGUGCAGAGAACAGCUUUUAUCAAGACCCAGCUCGAAGUGAGGGAACAGGCUCUAAGUGCACCAGGUGCGGUGCAGAGAACAGUUUUUAUCAAGACCCAGCUCGAAGUGAGGGAACAGGCUCUAAGUGCACCAGUUGCGGUGCAGAGAACAGCCUUUAUCAAGACCCAGCUCGAAGUGAGGGAACAGGCUCCAAGUGCACCAGGUGCGGUGCAGAGAACAGCUUUUAUCAAGACCCAGCUCGAAGUGAGGGAGCACGCUCCAAGUGCACCAGUUGCGGUGCAGAGAACAGCUUUUAUCAAGACCCAGCUCGAAGUGAGGGAACAGGCUCCAAGUGCACCAGGUGCGGUGCAGAGAACAGCUUUUAUCAAGACCCAGCUCGAAGUGAGGGAGCACGCUCCAAGUGCACCAGUUGCGGUGCAGAGAACAGCCUUUAUCUCGACCCAGUUGUCACUUCGUUGCGCAAGAUUGUGUUUUGCCCGUCGGAGCACUGCAAUAAUUCGCAGAUCAAACAAUUGGCUGAUGUGGGAAAUGUGUAUUUUGAUGCGGACAAGAGUACUAUACUGACAUCGAUUAAGAGUCGUGGCAUCGAUCCCUAUGACUGUGACGAGACCAAGCUUGGCGCGCAACCCAGUGAGUGCGAUGGUGCGAUUGUGCCCUUCCAGAAAUCAUCGUUGGGCAACGUGGACAAAACUUCAUCGCGCUCGCAAUCGGUGAUGGCCAAGGUGACGUGCCUGUGCUCCUCCGAAGUGAAGCUUAAGCUGGGCAUGCUGGCACCUGAAGCCGCCGCUGGUCCGCCCUUUGUCCGAAUGGAGGAGAGUUGUGCUCAGGACGUUGACAUCGAGCCAGCCGAUCCCUUGUUGAUAUCCAGAACGCUGCCGUCAUCCGAUAGCUGCACCAAAGUGGUGUAUAUGAAUCGCCGUGACAAUUUCCGCGAUUGCCAAUCCACAUCCGACACAUCCCUUAACUGGCAAGCGAAACCACAAUCUACAUAUCACGAUGUCGAAGCGGGAGAUUGUCGCUGCUACACAGCCUCGACCAGCAGGCAGAUGAGCCAGCAGAAGCCACAAUCACGCACCAUUAGCUACAAGUCUGUGGAAAAAUACGGCGUCAAUCAGUUGUCGAAGCCGGACUUUAAAUCGACUCAAUCGUGUGUCGCUGUGCCGGACUUUCAAUCCGUUAAAUCGUGUGAUGGCGUGCCGGACUUUAUAUCAGCGAAAUCAUGUGUCGGCGUGCCGGACUUUAAAUCGACGCAAUCGUGUGCCGCUGUGCCGGACUUUGAAUCCGUUAAAUCGUUUGCCAGUGUGCCGGACUCUAAAUCCGUCAAAUCAUGUGCGGGUGUGCGGGAUUUUAAAUCGACGCAAUCAUACGCCGGGGUGCUGGACUUUAAAUCGACGCAAUCAUACGCCGGAGUGCCGGACUCUAAAUCCGUAAAGUCGUAUGUCGGAGUGCGGGACUUUAAAUCGGCUCAAUUAUGCGUGGGUGUAUCGGACUUUAAAUCCGUAAGGUCGUGCGCAGGUGUGCCGGACUUUAAGUCCGUUAAAUCGUGUGCCACUUAUACCACCUGUGCCAGCGUCUCCAAAUAUGGCGGCGACGCGUCCAUGCCGCAAUUGAGCCUCGAAGCCGAAUCUGUUGGCGUCGUCAUGAAUAGCACUGAUCACACCUGCCGCGUUGAUGACGCCAAGGAGGACCAGGAAAGGUUUUACGAGUGCUCAUCAGAAAAACCGUUGACCGCCUAUCAGAGUUGCUCAACGGAAUGCAGCAAUUUUGCCCCAGCCAUGCAGCGCAUUGUGAGCAUCUUGCAUAUAUUGAGCGAUGGCAAGGAUAAAAGUGCCGAUCGCAUUGUCUUCAUACAGCAAUUGUUUCGCGAACUCACCAUGCUGCUGCGUCUGGAGGAGGAGGCGAAUGGCGAUGGCGAUAAUAAUACAGAUGAUUCACCGCCACUUACCUAUGAGGAUUGCUUGGAGGCGGUGGCGGCGGGCAAGAAGCCAACGGCAGCGGCAGCACAGCCCAAGACCAAAGAGCAGAAGGAGCGUAUCGAGUGCUUGGAUCAAAUGGAAAAGUAUUUGGAUAAGUGUUUCCCAUUGAAAAAAAAGGGUGUCCCGCAAACAUCGGAAAUUGCCGCCUUUGAGCCUGAUCCUGAUUUUGAUCCUAAGCGCAAGCUGGGCUCGGGGGAUGUCGAUUUGCCGGAAACAAAAGAUGAUUUCUUCGAUGUGCCGAGCUCAUCCGAAUGCCAGACGACAACGUCGACAUAUGGGGAUGCUAAAUCGACCACUGAUAAAUCUCUCGAUUCCGAGUACGCUACUCCUAAGUCACGUGACUCAAAGUCACUGGAUUCCGAAUACGUGACUGUUAAAUCAGGUGACUCCAAAUUAACCGAUUACAAAACUCCGGCUGGCAUAUCAGUUGACUCAACAUCAGUCGACCGCAAAUCAGGUUACUCCAGAUUAAACGAUUCCGAAGCGCCGGCAGCUGAAUCACUGCACUCAAAAUUACCCGAUGCCAAAUCACGUGACUCAAAAAUUACCGAUGCCGAAUCAACGGGUACCAAAUCACUGGACUCAAAAUUACCCGUUUCUGAUUCACCCGAUUCCAAAACGGAUAGCAUCUCCAAGUCCCCUAAAUUAUCCGAAUCUAAGGAUUGUACGUGCGUUGAGGAUUCCAAGCAAUUCGCCGGUGAAAGCGCCAAAGGCGAAGUGGACGAUGAAAACAAAACAUUGCCGGUGCCAGAUGAGGUGGAGUCGGCCAAACCGAAAGAGGAAUCCGAGCCGACAGAUAACCGAGUCAUUAAAAAAUCAGACAGUGCCUGCGGCGACUCCGAUGAGCAGUUGGGUCCACUCACGGACAGGGAGCGUCUGCUAUGCGAACAUAUGCUGCGUCGCAUGUGUGAAAUGUGUGGGGAGGAGGAUCAAGGCGCCGAGGAGCAGACAGAUGAUAGCCACAGUCACUCGCCACCCUGCCAGCCCUGCGUCUGUUGCCAUUGUCGAGCGCUCGUCUGCGAUAAUCAGUGCAAGACGGUGUCCAACACACUGGAUGCCAUCCGCUACGAUCCGGUGGCCGAAACAAAAUUUUUCAUUGAUUCCAUAAUUUGCGAUUUACAUGCCAUGGAUCAUGUGUUGACCAAGAAUAAACUUCAACCCAAGAAAUCGAAGCCAUCGCCUACCAUGGGCAGUGCACCGGGUGAGAGCUUUCCGGUGACCAUCAAAGAUGUCUCCAGCUUGGGCUGUCGAGCGCUCUAUGUGCGCUGGUACAUUGAGGACUGCGCGGCCAUUGGUGGCUAUGAGAUCUAUGUGGAUGGGCAUUUGACGAAUCGUUUUUAUAGUUUCCGACACGAGGCUGGCGUUGUGGCCAAUGUGGAUGUGACCCGAGGCCAUCAAAUAAUUCUGCGCGCCCUGACGGUGGGUCAAGAGUUUGGCGACGAGCCCGGCUGCGAUAAGAAUGCCAUGGCGCACGCCCAUCCCGAGAUGCUGGUGGGCGCCAGCCGGCCCUGGACGCCCAGUGUCUUUUUUUAUGAACCCUAAGUUCGUGUGCUAGUCAAAAGUUUUAUUAGCAAGUUUUGUCCGUUCUCUUCCAGUUAUCACCCCCCCUGCCCUUAUCAUUAGCUUAUGUCCCUUUACACCCUUUACUUUACAUGAAUCAAUUGUAUCAUUUGUAAAUCGUGAGGAAUCCAAAGUGUUCCUUUUCAAGUGCACAAUUCAAGUGCUUCACAAAUGUGCCUUAAAAUGUUUACUCGUCGAAGUUGCACAUGUUAUGCGAUUUAAACGCGUUACAUAUAUAUAUAUAUAUACAUCUAUAUAUAUAUAAAUAUUUCAAUCUGUUAGACUACAAACAAAAUUAGAGAUGGGCAAUUUAUAGAAAUUGAUCUUAAUCUUGUGUUAAUAGAAAAACGUUAUACUCGAAAAGUGUUUGUUUAAUAUUGCAAGUGUUGUACAGUCUCAAUUGCACUAAAUCACAGUGCUGUGUAAAGUCACAAUCGCAAUGAAAAUCGUAGUAAAUCACAGUGAAUCAAUGUAAUGAAUGCAUGUAAUCACAAUAAAUCACACAGUUAAUAACUGUGGUAAAGAAUA